ACUCUGUCGUCUGUCUACUGUCAGUGUCCAACACAUGAUUGACGACAAAAAAUAAUUUUAAUUUUAAAUUUUUUAAGCACAUCCUCAUCCUAGUGAAGUGAGAGAUAACCUUUUAAUGACAUCAAAAAUAUAAAAAUUUAGUAACUACAAAAAAUGGCCAAUCUUUUCAAAUUUUUCAAUAAGUUGCCUCCAAAUUUUAGAUCAGUUUCAACAACUACUACCAAAAAUGAUGCCUGGUUAUCUAAGAUUUUUGUUAGAAAAAUUGAACCUACAAAGGAAUCACACAGUAGAAUGUUAAGCGAUAAGGAAAUUAUCUACUCUUUGCAGACACACAACUAUAGACCCGAUUCUAAAGUAGCGUAUUUACAAAAUGUAAAAAAUAAAGUGGACUAUAUAAAAGCACAAGAUUCUUUAUCAAAAGAAGUUGAACUAGUAGGUUCAUGGACCGUAAAUGUAGGAGACCAAGAUCAAGCUCUACAUUUAUGGAAGUUCACAGGAGGUUUUGAUAUGAUUGAUCGGUAUAACGAUUUUACAGGAAAAAACCAGGAAUUCCAACGUCUAAAUGAAGAACAAGGAAAACUGGUUAGAUCCCGCCACUUGCAAUAUCUUCUAGCAUUUAGUUACUGGCCCCAAAUUCUAAUGCGACAACCCAAAAACAUUUAUGAAAUUCGUAGCUACGCUCUAAAACCUGGAACUAUGAUCGAGUGGGGUAAUAACUGGGCUAGGGCAAUCAACUACAGGCAAAAUAAUGAUGAAGCAUUUGCUGGAUUCUUUUCACAAAUUGGUAGACUAUAUAAUGUUCACCAUAUUUGGUGUUAUUCUAGUUUGAACGGCAGAAAAGAAACUAGGGAAAGUGCCUGGAGGUCCCCAGGUUGGGAUGAAUGUGUCGCUUAUACAGUACCGUUGAUCAGAGAAAUGCAUUGUAGGAUUAUGGUACCAACUGAAUUCUCCCCUACUCUUUAAAUGUGAACAAGCUCUUCAAAACCUUAUUUUUUAAUUGUAUGAAUAUUAUUAUCUAUAACGCCGCGAAAUAGUUGGUAUUUCAGUUAGCGAUAUAAUUUAAACGAAAAGUCUAUAAAUAACUACAACAGUAUACUUAGUUUUUUUCACAACGUAAAUGUACAUUCUCUGAUUUGUUAAUACAUAGUUCUUUUUGCAUUUGACAUUAAAAAUAACUUAAGUGAGUGUGUGAACUUUACUACCAUAUUCUUUUGCUGAUAUUAAAAUGGAAAUCUGUCAUAUAAAAUAUCUUUAUUUUAAAAAUAUUAUACUCAGUUUGUAUAAAUACUCACUCUUUAAAAUUUUUUAGAACAUUUGCUAACUUCUAAAAAAUACUGUCCGAAGAAAAUUUCAGAAUUACUUACUAAAUUUGUUUACCAAAUGUGGCAACGGUAUUUUUCCAAAAACGACAAAAUAGUAUUACCUAAAUUCUUCUUUUGGCUGAGAUGCCAUGCAUGUUUAAAAAAUCUUCCAUCAUUCAUCUGUCUGUCAGCUGAAAACUUAUGUAUCCUCUCCGCCCGUUCACACGGCAUACACCUUACGAUAGUUUAUUCAAAACUAUAUUUUAAUCGAAUCGAGACAGCCUGUUAAGACAUGAUGCACGAUACGAUAAUUUACCACUGUUUCUUGUACUGCACUACUUGAGAAAACUAAACAACUAAUUAAAAAUUUCCCUAGCUAUUUGGUGUUCGACUAGGUCGACAAAAUUCGAAUCAUGUGAACGAGGGUAUCUACAGUCGGAAAAAUGAAAGAAUACCCAUGAACGAACAUAUAAAACACGCUGUAUUUUCCUGUCACCGUGUCACAAAGAAAAUUGUCCAGUGCAAGUACAUGUAACAAUAAUUAUUACAUGUACUUGCGCUGGUCAAUUUUUUGUCUGACACGGUGGCAGGAAUAUACAGCGUGUUUUAUAUGUUCGUUCAUGGGUAUUCUUUCAAUUUUCCUACUGUAGAUACAAGCGCCACUGACGUUCGAUUUAAAUUUUUUUAUCGCAUCACGGCAUACGGUUUGCCAGUGACAAAAUAAAAUUUAAAUUUGGACGUACGGCGUAAAAUUUUCGAGGGUGAUAUACAAUCGAAUUGUCUGAACGCCCUAAUUUAAAACGUAUGUGCCACUGAGCAAUUAGACAUUUCUAUCGAUUUGAACAAAAAUCCGAAUGCGUACCGUUCGGACGGGCUGUUACAGUUGAAUGUUACGCUAUCAUCAAAAAGUUUUUACAUUUUAAGCCUCUCUUACCCUCUUUCUUUUUCUCUCUAGUGUUAGUCCUUGAAAAGUGUAAUGUUCUCUCCAUAAUAUAUGUUUCUUGGCGAGUCGUCCACGAUUUCUUAAUCCCUUGUUUUAAUGGAGUUUUUGAAUUUGCUCUUUUGAAUUGACUAGUCUCUUGCCCUAACGGAGUUUUUGAACCAGCUUAGCCAGGUCUUGUUGAAAUUGUUAUUCUGGUACAACUAUCAAUUUAAAAACAUUUAUGUAGUGAUGCUUUUCGUGUGAGCAUUCUUCUCAUGAAGCGAUAAACGUAUUAUAGAUUCGUCGUUUGUGUAGAGAAUAAAAAUAUUCAUACUAUUAUUAAUCGUGUGAAAGGGUUUGUAAAAGUUGUAUACCGGUAUUUUAAUGCUAUCAUAAUGCUAUCCUAACUCCAGGUUGCUUUUAUUUUGUUUAUAAAUAUAUGUAUAUGUAUAUAGUUUUUUUUAUAAAAUUUUGUAGUAGUGCACAAACUACAUUCUAUGUGUAGAAAUCAGUGUAUGAAAACUAUUUAAUCAUUUUAAAAUCCAAAUGAUUGUGGUAUUGUUAUUUUUUCUUUAUAUAAACGUAAGGCUCAUAUCUAAAUUUGUUAACAAAUAAAAAACAAAGAAAAUACA